AUGUCACUCUCCAAGGUCACUAAAGAGCUGGAUUAUGAAGACCCAGAGGUGGCUGCAGUGGGGCACACCUAUGAAAUGAUGAUUUCAGUAUUUGAUGAUAUGCAUCCCUCUCAUACAGUCACUGUGACAAUCAUUGUGGAGCUUACUCCUGCCAAUGACUUCAGCCCUCUGUUUAAAGCUGCACACUAUUCCUUCUUGGUUCCAGAAACAUCAGGAGCUUUCUACAAAGUUGGAAGAGUGACUGCCAUUGAUGAAGACCACCCACCAAACUGUCUGACCUACAGGAUUACCAGUGGAGACAUCGAGGCUGUCCAGAGAUUCUGGAUUCACCCUCGCUCUGGAAUGAUCGAACUCACCACGCAGCCAGACUAUGAGUCUGUGAAGCAGUAUAACCUUACUGUGGAAGCUGUGGACUGUGACAGAGUUCGUCCUCGUACAGCAGUGACCACAGUCACUGUUGACAUUGAAGACGAGAAUGACGAAGCACCGGUCUGUGUGCCCUAUCUUUAUAAAGGAGUCAUUUUUGACAACGUUGUUUCUGGGACAAGCGUCAAUGGCUUCAAACUAAGCUGUCACGACAGAGAUUCACAGGAUUUCGAAAUGCGCUUUGAGAUAGCUUCUGGAAAUGUGAACCAUCAUUUUGGAUUCGACCCAAGUCGAGGCUCAAAUACUCCAAAAUUAAUUGUGAAGAAUCCUUUUAACUUUGAAUCUGGAGCCGAACAGCAGCGGCAAUAUCAUCUCGUAGUGCAUAUAGUUGAUGACAAUCUGAAAUAUGGCAAAUCCACCAAGCCCAGGACAGGCACUGCUAUUAUAGAUAUCCAUGUGAUAAGAGCCACUACACAAUCUUCUCCAACCAGUUCUGAACCAAGAAAAGGCCUAACCAUUGUGCACACAGCUAUCAACACGUACAAAUCCAGUGACUGGUAUGUCCCUUUUGUCUUCACUCUGAUGGCUAUUUUCCUGGUUGGAUUAGUUUCAUGGCUCUGUUUCCUGCUUUGGAGAUAUGGGAACAUUAUGGAAUGCUGUCACACAGUGGCCAAGAAAAUCUCUAAGCCUAAACACAGGGAAAUGAAAUAUAUUGCAGGAGAUAGAGAUCAAAAGGAAAAAGCUGUCACAGCAAGCAGAAGUAAAGAAUUAGAAAUUUUAACAGAAACCAUUGUGUAUGAGACUGUGUUUGAUGGAGAAGCCAUCGAUCCAGUGUCUGGGAAUGUGUAUGAAUACAACAGCAGGACAGGGGCCAGAAAGUGGAAGAAGCCCCCCAAGUACCACGAGGAGGCCGUGGCAAACAUGUACUCUGACUCGAAGCCUCUUCCUUCUGGAGAACUGACAUCCUCCACAAUUCCUGUGUGAGGAGAGUGUUUUCCAGUGUUUCUGGAUUCUAUCUGUGACUCUUUUGGGCAGUUUUUAAUGCAUGAUCUAAAAUCAAAACUUAGAUACACACGCCAGCCGCUUUGACUGUAUCUGCAGCUCUGUGUGUAAUCGUACAGCUCAGACUUCCGGCAGAGGGUGCCUGGCGCGGUGGACUGUGAGUCUCUGGAUGUGUUUUGCUGAACCAGAGGCCAUGCUGCACAUUGUCUUGCUUUGCCCAGCGCACUGUAUGCUUCCUUAGAUCAGAGGCUUUCCUGCAUUCACUACUGUCAACCCAACAUGUGCACAGCGCGGAGUGGAGACUCCAUGCUUAUUUGGUGAAUAAAUACAU